AUGAGUGAAACAACUGAAGAGUUGCCGCAGAGUUUGGUGACAGAGACAGAGGAUAAUGCGGUGACAGAAGAAGACACAUCACUGGUGGACAGCGAAGGGAAGAACUCGAAGAGUCUGUCGUGUCUUAACUGCAAUUGUCUUCUAUUGAGACCUAAUAUCGCAUUAUUGAAGUCGUUGCCGUCAGUGAUGGUGCGCGAGGACUCGACGCAUGGGUUGGAAGUGUUGAGUGACUUCUGGAUGGUGUCCGAUAUGUUUCAGUUCGAGAAUAUGGCGUUCAGUAAGAAUGUGGAGGACAUGAAGUACUUGGCGUGCGCUGAGUGUGACAUCGGACCCAUUGGGUGGCAUAAUCUCUGUGACCAGAAGUGCUACAUCGCUAUCAACCGAAUCAAACAUCACUAACACAUUGGACGGAAACUGUGAAGUGAUACCAUUGUCUCAGUAUAUCAUAUAUCAUAUGAUAAUUCAGAUAAGAUUUAAUUAAUAUAUUGAUAAUCAGUACUUAUUUCUACCACUUAUUCAUCUCUCU